AGCUUGUGCAAUGGUUGAGAACAAGGUGAAUCGAGGGUUCAACCUUGUCUUCUCCGACUCGUCUCACCUUCUAACAAUAUGGCAUGGCCGACCAAUUCACCGGAAAUUCAACAUCGCAUCUCCUCACUACUGGAUAUUCUCACUGCAUCAUCUUCCGAGCAUCCAUCAGUGAAGUGCCACGUUAUAUCAAUGCUAUUCCCCAUCGUUCAGCCCUCCGACUACCUAUUCACACCACCCUACCAAAAGUCGCUGCCAACAAUGGAGAGCUCAAGACUUCGCAUCUAUGCAGAAAAGAUGUUGAACAUUGGUUGCAAGAAUUGGAUAUCUCUGAGGAAGAGCGCAAUCAAUUCCUCAAGUCCGUUGUUGAUGCAUUUAUAUAAUCUGUGCAGCCGGAAACUACUUAUCAUCACACGCUGUCUUGCGUUACUUCAUUGUCAUCCUCUUUGCCUGAAAGUCAAUCAGAGGCUGUCGAUGCCAUAGCCUUAGUAUUGUGCUUGUCCGGGUUAUUUGACUUUGAUCCAUUGUUCAAGUUCGACACUUUUGUAUGAGCAAAAGAUCACGAGCCUUUCUCGCUUUUGCAGGUGCUUCAAGUUUUGAACAGUGGUCUACCAGAAUUACAUUCUUGG